AUGUCGCACCUCUCUGCCCGACUUGUUGCUCUUACGACUCGCAAGGUCUUCGAGCGCUUCGCGAGCCAAGGAUUGGCACGAGCAAAGGCUGGAAAUGUCGGCAGCAUCGUUACAAUCACGAAGUCAGAGAUCUUGAAGCUGGGUCGAUUCAUGGAAUUUCGACUGCAGGACGAGCUUGUUCUCCAACUACCAAAGUCGGACCCCUUCGAGAUGCGCAAGUCUGUGUCGCUCGAGCUCUCAGGCGCUGCCAACGGCUCCAAGGUCGUCCACGUCUUUGAGAAUGGUGCUAUCAAAUCAUCUAAGCAGCUUCUCGAGGAGGAGACCACUCGCGACGGCAGGGAGAAGCGUCUCAGCGCCCAAGAGAACUGGUACCCUCACCUUGACCAGACCAACAUCCGCGAAAAGGCGCUCAGCGACAUGCUCGAGGAGUUGGAGCACUUGAGGGCUGCCGAGACCAUCACGCUCGACGACAAAGAGUUUGGCAAGUACAAUGCGAUUAUGCGGUAUGAGGAGGUCCUGAGGGAGCAGAAGAAUGCUCGAGAGAUGGCGAAAGCUGCACUAUACGGCAACGGAAAGCACUAA